CAGAUACUGAGUCUUAGAUAUAGCUAGCUACUACUGCUUACGUUGCCCACCGGUUCUUAUGCUCUGGUUUUUUUUUUUAAAAAAAAAAAACUUCAUGUCGGCUAUAUAAUCCUAUAAAUUUCUUUUAACUUUGUCCCAAAAAAUCCACAUUCUCCAUGACAUGACUUCUUUUUACAGGCAAACAACAGGUAUGCAUGUACAACUUUUGUUCAUAUAUACUUGUUGGAAAUAUUGUCCUAACAAUCCUAAUUUUCAUGUGUUUUUUUGUUUUUGUUUUUUGAGUGAUUUGGAAAUUUAAUGUUGUUAUUGUUGAAAAGAGACAGAAUAUUUGUCCAGUUUUUGUAGGAGACAUCUCUUUAUUUACUGAAGAAAUGAUCAGAAGGUUAGCAAGAUUUUAGAGUUUUUCGGAACUUCUACCUGACAGCACAAUAGAAGAUCCCUAAAGUGAUUUUUCGUAUCUUGAGAGCAGGACAUUGCUUUGUUAUUCACACUUGGAUAACGCCGAAGCGUCUUCCAUAGCGUGCCUUGACACGAUCAUGGCCAACCACUUGGUGAAUACUAGCAGAAACGGAGUUCAAAAUGGAGAGACAUUUCACAGAUUCUUCGAACAAUGGCUCGUCGAACAAAACCAAGAUUUGGAUCAGCUUGUGCGGGCCUCGAAAGACAACAACAACCACAGGAUCCUAUCACCUAUAAUUCAGAGAGUCAUGAAACACUACGAAGAAUAUUAUACAGAAAAAUCGCGAUGCGCUAAUGUUGAUGUUUUGGGCAUGUUGCAUCCAUCAUGGAGAAGUAAUCUUGAAGACGCGUUUUUAUGGAUCGGAGGGUGGAGGCCUAGUAUGGCUUUUCACUUGUUGUACUCGAAAUCUGGUAUCCAACUUGAGGCAAAUCUUCAUGAGUUAAUCAGAGGAUUUAGAACUGGUGAUUUAGGAGAUCUUAGUGGUAGCCAACUUGGGCAAAUUGAUGAGUUGCAAAAUAAGACAAUAAGGGAAGAAAAAAAGUUAAGUGAAAAUUUAGCAAAAGUUCAAGAAAGUGUGGCUGAUACAUCAAUGGUGGAAUUGUCUAAUGUAGUGAGUGAAAUGAUGAGGGAACAAAGAGGACAAGUUGUUGAAGAAGAAGAAGAGGAGAAAAUCAAAACAAAUAUUGGUAAAAAAGAGGAAGGUUUAUUGGAUGUGUUGAGAAAAGCUGAUGAUUUGAGGCUAAGGACACUUAAAGAUAUUUUGAGAAUUUUGACACCAAUUCAAGCUGUUCAUUUCUUGAUUGCUGCUGCUGAGCUUCACUUGAGGAUUCAUGAAUGGGGUAAGAAAAAGGAUGCUAGUCAUGCCAGACAAUAAAAUCGGAACGAUACAGAGAAGAUCAGCAUGGCCGAUGUGCAAGGAUGACAGGCAUAAAUUGAGUACUAUAUUAUGAAGUCGGAAUCGUGGAGAGAAGAUCAGCAUGGCUGCUGCAUAAGGAUGACAUGCACAAAUCAAGAAAUAAUAGUAAGAAUAGUAGUACUUAUGAAUAUUCUUGCUGCACAAGGAGUUAAUGGUAUUACUACUAAUUUAUUAGGUUCUAGUAGGAUGAAGAUCUUUUAGACCCUUUUUUUGUUCAUUUCCGUGUAUGCAGAACCAUGAUUAGUUAAGAGUAUUGAAGAUCUUUUAGGACUUCUUUUCUUCUGUUCUGUUGACAUAUGAAGAUGUUUAGACCCUUAUGUU